GAGGGGGGCGGGGGGCGGGGUGGGGAGGCAGCACAGGAGGUAGUCAUGGCUACGGAACCCGGGGCCGCGCUGCCGGUAGUGCGGUCGCUUGUGGAUCGGUAUUUCACUCGCUGGUACAAAGCGGAUGUCAAAGGAAAACCCUGUGAGGACCACUGUAUACUACAGCACUCUAACCGAAUAUGUGUCAUCACCCUGGCAGGAUCUCAUCCUGUUCUUCAAAGUGGAAAAACAAUUGAAAGUAUUUCCUAUCAGAUCAGUACCAACUGUAGCAGACUUCAGAACAAAGUCUCUGGGAAAUUUAAGCGGGGGGCACAGUUUCUAACAGAACUUGCACCUCUGUGUAAGAUUUACUGCUCUGAUGGAGAAGAAUAUACCAUAUCUAGCUGUGUUAGAGGACGACUGAUGGAAGUAAAUGAAAACAUUCUCCAUAAGCCAUCUAUUCUUCAAGAAAAGCCAUCCACUGAAGGCUACAUUGCAGUUAUAUUACCCAAAUUUGAAGAAAGUAAAAGCAUAACAGAAGGGUUGCUGACGCAGAAACAGUAUGAAGAAGUUGUGGUAAAGCGCAGUAGUGCCACAACAGCUGCAUCCUGAGCAGAGCUGGACUGAAGAGCAACAUGAGAUUCUUAGCCCUGCCUAGCCUGAGCCAUCAGUGCACUGGAAGAGAAUCUGUGUGUGUGAGGCAUUCUUCAUACCCUGUACCCAGCAGAAAGAGGCCUGCCCAGAUUCACCUACCCAGAUUUUCUCCCUUUUCUUAACCUAAGAAACCUUGAUCCCCAUUUGUCUUCAAGCUCCCAGAUCUGCUCUGCCCAGAUACUCGCUCUGUUCUUUUGUGGUUCUGUGUGUAUAUGUGUGCAUCCCCCAACCGUGUUUGUGGAUGUCCCUGUGGGCAUGGGUGCUGUGGGUGUGCAUAUGCACAUGAGGUCAGAGAAAACUUUGGGUUUCAAUCCUCAGGCACCUUUGACUUUUUUUUGAGACAGGCUUUCUCAUUGGCCUGGAACAUUGUCAUAUGGGCCAGCAACCCACAGACUUCCAAGGAGUCUCCUGUCCUCUUGCAGUGUUGUGGUUGCAGGUACACACCCCUGCACCCACCUUUUAAUGUGGGCCUGGGGAUCUAAACUCAGGUCUUUGUGGUUGUGAGGCUAACCUUUACUGACUGAGCUGUUUCCCCAGCCUUGCUCUGUUCUUCUCUUGCUUGUAACAAAUGGCAAAGAAUAUUUUUCCUGAUUUAAAAAAGAAAAAAAAAAACAAGCAAAGCUCUUGGAAAAAAAGUUGGAAAAGAGAGAAGUUUUAAGUAGUCAAGUAAUUUACACAUCAUCCCCCCAACUUGAAAGUACAUACUGCAUGUUGACAUACUUCCAUUUGAAUGCUAUGGCCUCAGUUUCUUUCUUUUUUUUUCUUUUUUACAAUUUGGCAUUUUGAAAACAAGCUAAUUUACCUUCCUUCCUAACUCUGCUUCAGAAUGCCACUUCCAAAAAGUUCUUUUAAAACUUCUCUCUUUAGGUUGUUGGGAAGAGGCAGGAAUGUAGACCCUGCCUACUCUUCAUUAUACCCAUGGAAUAACUUUCCCCAUGCUACCAGAACUGGAACACUGACUCUUCAUGAGAAGCACGUAGCAAGGCUUUGGGAAAAACGAAAAGGGCUUCCUAGCAAUUGGAAGAAUUGUCAUUGCAGUGUUAAGCUGGUUCUUGCAAAUAUGGUGACUCCAUCUCACACAUUUUAGUUACAGCUAAGUUGUAGUAAUGAAGUUACUAGGAAUCUGUCAUUCAGUGGUACAGGUGCCUUGAAAUAGAACAAAAAAUAGCUUUGAAGUUCUGGUUUCAAAUUAGAUAUUUAAUCAACAAUGAAUUUGAAAUAAAAGGACUUGAAAUCUUUAUUUUUGUUAAGAGCUAAAACACACACGUGGACUCAGUAUCCAUGUUCUCCCAUUGCACUUCUGUUCUCUUUUAAGGUGUGUAAAAUUUAAGUGAAAAAAAUUUUUUUAGUUCACAUUAAAAACUUAAGACCAUCGGGCAUGGUGGUGCACGCCUUUAAUCCCAGCACUCGGGAGGUAGAGGCAGGCAGAUCUCUGUGAGUUCAAGGCUGGCCUGGUCUAUAAAGUGAGUUCCAGGACAGCUGGAGCUACAGGGAGACCCUGUCUCAAAAAGACUUAAAACAAAAAAAAAAAAAGAAAGAAACUUAGGACCUGAGUGUCUGCACGACCAUCCCCUAUACGACGUAGACCAUAGCUCUAAGUAUCUUCAGUGAGAGUGCUGAGCUGAGAAUGUCAUGGUUAGCUUCAGUUGUCAGCCUGAUACACCUGGAAAGAGGAAACCAGUUGGGGAAUUAAUUACCUUUUGGAUUGGUCUAUACAUAUGUCUGGGAGGCAUUUUCUCUCUUGUUCAGUGAUAUGGGAGGGCCUAGCCCACUGUGGGUGGUGCCACCCCUGGGCAUGUGUUCCUGGCUUAUAUUAAGAAAGCAGGCUGAGCACAGGCCAGGGGAGCAAACAGUAAGCAGUGUUCCUCCCUGUGUUUCCGUUCCUGCCCUGAUUUCCCAUGAUGUUGGAUUGUGACUUGGCCUGAGAGUUGUAAGAUGAAAUACUGUGACAGUGAAAGAACUGGGCCUAUUUUACAUGUUCUAUCUUUCACCAGUUUUGUUGUUGUUUGGUCUUUUUGAGACAGGGUCUCUCUGUAGCCCCAGCUGUCCUGGAACUCACUAUGUAGACCAGGCUGGCCUUGAGAUCCACCUGCCUCUGCCUGCAGGCGUGCACCACCACGCCCAGCUUCACCCAGUAUUUUUGUUACAAUUUAAAAGAAUGUUUUGGUUUCACAGAAUAAAAACUAUUCUUUGUUUUUUGCCUGUUUACAGAAAUACUUUAAAUACAUACAUGGAAAAUUCCACAUGUAGUAAGGAAAAGGUGUCUUAAUUUCAUCACUGAUCAGCAUGGCUUUUUCCCCAGAUUGGGUAAUGGAUCAAAACGAAGCCUGCUGAUGUGAAUUCAGUUGCCAAACUUGUUUCUGUUUGCUCUUUUUGAGACAGGGUCGCACUAUGGAGACCAGGCUGGCCUCAAUCUCACAGAGAUCUGCCUGCUGCCUCCCAAGUGCUGGGACUAAAGGUAUGCGCCACCACACCUAGCUUGUUUUUGAUUAUAAAAGUUUUUCAUAUAAUGCCAGUGUAGGAAAAAAUACUUUGUAGAAGUCAUUAACUAAGCUGAGUGUCCUGUGUUCUCCUGAAGGCUACAGUAGAAAUUUUCUUCAGUAAAAUAUUGAGUAACUGGUAGUCCAGUCGUUUCUUGGGGAUCUCUGUUAAAGACUGUGUUGCUUAUAACCCAGACAGAUCAUUAGAGCAGCUUCCAGCUACUGCCACGACUAAUUUCAAAGUUAAUUUUUAAAAGUAUUGGGAUACAGAAACUAUAACAUGAUUCCAUAACAAAGGUAACCAACCACACUAUAUCAUAAGAAAACAUAGAAAACAAAACUCCGUCCCAUAAAAACAAGAAAAGGAUUGUUUUGUACAUGUAUGUGCAAGUGUGUAGAGGCCAGACCUUGGGUGUUGAGUUCAGGCACCUAACAGCUUUUGGGUUUUUAGUAAGACAAAGUCUCUCACGGACCUGGAGCUCACCAAGUAGGCUAUGCUGGCUACGCACCACACUCUGGGGAUCCACCUGUCUCCACCUCCCCAGCACUGUGAUUACAAGCACAUAACAUUGUGCCCAGCGUUUCUUAACCUUAGUUUUGGGGAUUGAAUUCAGGUACUCAUGUUUGCAAGAUAAGCACAUUAUCAGCUGGGUCAUUUCCUCAGCCCAAGAAAAGGUUUAAAUCCUAAAGUUGAAAAGGCUAAAGAUAUUUAUUUAUAACAAACAUUUCAAUGCCACAUACAUAAGAUACAAUGCAUGAAUAUCUGGAAUAUUCAUGUUUCUUGGUUCCAAUGUUCUGUCUUCUGUAUCUGCCAUUCUAUCAAUACUGAGAAGGAUAGUUUAAAACUGUCUUUAAACCAGUAAGAAACACUUAGGCUUCCAGCCAUAUUCAGGCCACCUGGUCAACUCUACAUACUACCAGAAUAAAGAGAGGAAAUUGCCUGAAGCUGCUCCAGGCUUCUGUGGAGGGAGUUCCCUGUUUUCCUUUUGGAGGGAGAGGGACAGACAAAGCCUAACAACCCUGCUAUGUGA